GAAGAUCCCUCUACCAAGCGCCAGUUGCCAAGGAACUACGUCGAGACUCUAGAAGAACGCGUCGAGCUUCUCGAGCGCCUCCUACAACAACAGGGCCAAGUCAGUCAGCCGCAACCCUCGGCCGGACUUCAAGCGACUCGCCCUCGGGACUUCAACCACUUCGGUGCGGCCGCCGGGUCUUAUCCAACAAGAGAUCGAGAUGAGAACGAUGAAGCAACCGAUCUGAUAUCAAAAGCAGGCGUCUUGAGCCUCCACGCUUCGGGGGCGGAGCCGCAAUACUUUGGGCCUUCAUCCAUGUUCUCCUUCUCCCGUGUCAUUCAUGCCUGUGUCCGACAGGCAAUGGAUGCGUCUGCAUUGGCCCCCUGUCGACUCCCAAGUUACGAGGUUGGAUUGGCACUCAGCAACGCGUAUUUCGAAAAUGUUCACUUGCAGUACCCUUUCCUUCAUGAGCCGACUUUUAGACAAUGGGAGAAUAACGCUGUCGGUCUGGAUUCUAUGGUGGCCAGUCCUUCUGAGCUUUUCUUUGUGAACAUGGCACGGCCCUCCACUAAUUACAAACAGGUUUACGCGAUAGGAGCUCUUCUGAAAUCCAACAAGAAAUCUUUCCCACAACAACUCUACGUCUCGGCGUUAUUAUACAUUGAUCACGUUCUAGCGAAAAAGAGUCUCGAGUCUAUACAAGCGUUGCUUUGUUGUGCGCUGUUCUCAAUCCGGUCUUCUAUGGGCCCGUCCGUAUGGAAUCUCUCGGGCCUUGCGCUGCGUCAGUGCAUUGAACUCGGAUACCAUCGAAAUGUCAAGAAGAUCAACUUGAAGACGAAUAUCCUGCGUCUUGAGCUACGGAAGCGAGUAUUUUGGUGCGCAUACCAGAUGGACUGUGCUUCUUCCGUUAAUCUCGGGCUUCCCCUGAGCCUCCCGAUCCAGGAAGUCGAUACUGAGUUCCCAUUGGAUAUUGACGACUCGUCCGUCACCGAGACCGGAGUCAAGGGGCCUCCUCGUCCACCAGGCGGCCCAGUAACUACCAUGUCGCACGCGCUGCACCAAUUCCGGAUCCGAUGCAUCUGGGCUCGUAUCUACGCAUCCAUAUACUCCAAUGCUGCUAGCCAAAGCCAUAGCGACGAAAGCUACCAGUCACAGGUGCAAUCGUUACGUAGAGAGCUCGAUGAAUGGAUGGCCGCGACACCUCCUGAACCCCAACGGGCUGGCGCUCCCCUAACCGUUUUUUCAAAUGCGGAGGAUUACAAAGUGACCUACAACGAGACUAUUCUGUUCCUCUACCGUGGGCAGCUGACAAACCGCGAGAAUGUGCAGGACGAGGUGUUUUUGGAGUGCAUGCAGGCUGCCAGUGAUAUAUGCCAAUCAUGCAAGCGUCUGUACAUCGGGAAACCCAUCAACUAUACCUGGUCGACCCUUCACGUCAUCUUCCUGGCAGGUUUGACCAACUUGCACUGCCUUUGGACUUCACCUGCUGUCCGACAAGCCGCGAGGAUCGAUAGCGUCAGCAAUUCGUUUACGACCUGCACCAUGCUACUGGCCAUUAUGGCGGAACGCUGGGAAGGCGCCGCGCCAUACCGGGAUUUAUUCGAGGCGCUGACUUCAAGAGCCAUGGCUAUGCUAGUUGAGCGGAAGCAGCACGAGCCAUUGCCGACUUCGCCUAUGGACUCUACCGUUCCGAAUAUGGAGGAUCUUACGCAAUGGGCGGCCCAGAUAGCCGAUGUCGGUAUGCCUGAUGCUUUUGGCAGCCUCCUAAGUGGUCUCAUUGGCGAUUACAGCUUAGAGGGGCAAGAUUCUAAUGAUAGUUUGUGGGAGUUCUGA